AUGGCGGCACUUGACAGGCUUACUCUUCCCCCUUGCUGGACUUGCGUUCCUUCGCUGGUCAACCCUGAGAGCAGUGCUACGGCUCGUCCUUGCUGUGAUGAGAGUUGCAUUGAGAAGGUAGCAUUACGAGAGUGCGCGCUGCAAUGUGGGGAAGCAGAGAAUCCGAGUUGGAGCGGCGAUAAAUGCCACACCUUGUGCGACGAGACCGUACCGCCUGGUUCAAGCUCCACACGAGUAGGAGCAUACCCUUAUGGUCAGCCUGGGUUUCCGGCCCUUCCGAAUCCAAGCCGCAAACGGAAACGCGAAGCUUGCAUCGCCCAUUCACGCAGUGUCCGCAACCGCUACAGUACAGUCCUCGCAAGAAUAGGCUGUAUCUGUAAGGAACUCGUUGCGAAGCAGCUCGAGCCUUGUUGUAAGGAGGGCCGCCCUGUCGAAAAGCGCAGCUCUGUAGAGCAGGAUGGCUGCUGCGAUAAAGAACCAGGAAAUUGUUAUGAGACAACAACGGAAAAGUCGGCUCAGAUUACUAGUUGCAGUGAUUGCUGCGACCUCGAGAACAGUUGUGUCGCAGUCAAGAACGGAUAUUCUGGUCCUCGCAGGAAUGGUAGUUGUGGAGGGAGAGGAAAGGCCUCUCGCAGCUGUGCUGAAACCUCCCCCACUAAUGAAUGCAGGGAGGGCCAUUCUGGUUCGAGUUAUGGUCCUGGGGCCUCCAAUGCUGUCUGCUCUUCAAAGGGUGACUGUUGUUCUGGUCCUGGAAGCCGCGAUCAGCUCAAUAUUCUCCCCUCGAAAAACCUCGACAUCAAACCUGCAGCGGACUUGGACCUCGAACAGAUCCCAUCGAAUCUCGAGCAUGUCAUUUUGGACGUGCAAGGACUCACAUGCACGGGUUGCGAAACGAAGUUGUUCAGAUCUUUGCACGCCAUUCCAGGUAUUUUCCAUCUUCAGACCAGUCUAGUACUUUCACAGGCCGAGUUCGACCUUAACGAAAAGGCCGGUUCCAUAGACGAAGUCAUCAAGUCCGUCGAAAAGGCCACUGGAUUUGCUUGUCAGCGGAUAAACAACGAAGGCCAAGAAGUUGAUGUUGUUGUCGACGGCGAUGCAAAGGUUUUCGUUGCCCAAAAAUAUCCUCACGGCGUCCUCCAAAUGACUGCUAUCGGGCAUCAAUUGGUGCGCAUCUCGUAUGAUGGCAGGAUCAUCGGAGCAAGAGUAUUGCUAAGGGAAUGCUUUGACAGUCCUCUGAAGCUUGGCGCUCCUCGGCGCUCCUCUGAACUGGAGAGUGGGAAACGGCAUGUUUGGAAUAUGGCCUGGAUUACGUUGCUCUCCACCAUUCUUACAAUUCCAGUACUUGUCAUGGCAUGGGCUCCCCUUCCUCAUCGACCUAUUGCCUAUGGAAGCGCCUCCCUAGCACUGGCCACGAUCGUGCAGGUUGUCGUUGCCGGACCAUUUUAUCCUAGUGCUUUGCGGGCGUUGCUGUUCACCCGAGUGAUCGAGAUAGACCUACUCAUCGUCCUCAGCACGUCCACAGCUUACAUCUUUUCGAUAGUCUUGUUCGCCUACGUAGUGGUUGGGCAACCACUAUCGAUCGAGCAAUUCUUCGAGACCAGCACGCUGUUGAUCACAUUGAUUGUCCUUGGACGACUGGUGAGUGCCUCGCGCGACAAAGGGCAGUCGAGUCCGUCUCCAUCAGGUCUCUCCAGGAAGAAACGGCUACGCUUUGUACCACUAGUGGCCUUAACGACGAACCGAUUGAUGUCCGUCUUCUCCAGUAUGGCGACUGUUUUAAGGUUCAACCAGAUUCGCGCAUUACGACAGAUGGUGUGGUAG